CAGAUCCGAAGCGUAUGCUUUGAUGAGUUUCAGACAUUCACGAAAUGUGUAGUUUCCGAGAUUCAGAUAAGUGCAACGGGGGUUGACCUAUUUAACAUCGAAAUCCGAGGAAAGGAAAGAUGAAAAUCUUGUAAUGUCCCAGUGCAAAGCUGAUGGGGGUUUGACGUGAUGUUUCAAAUGGUGAUAAGGUGUUUCCAAUAACAGGUUUUGAGGAACGUUAACACUUCACGCUCCACUGCACAUGGAAAGCAUGUUAAUAUUCGAUAUAAACAGCCAAGUGGCACUUUUCCGCGAUCUACUGAUCCACAUUGGACAGCCGAAAGAUUGUCCAGAACUGAGAGAAAAAAUAAGGAAGCUACGCCGAACCUGCGUCGAAACAUGUAAACACACUAGUGAACUGAUUCUACCCAAUUUACGUAGCUCUGUCGCUGAGGGUAUCCCAGUGGAUAAUCCUCACUUGGUUCUCCUAUUUUUUAUGUCACAACUCUUUCUUCGAGAACUCACUAAGUGCCAUCGACUUGUUCAGAUAAUCCCUAUGGAUAUGUCUGGAUAUUACGAAAACAGAGCUGGUCCAUCUAAUUUAGGAAACGUUAUAAGCCAGAUACUUUUGUGCAAACAGAUAACCCCAGACUUUCACGAGGAAGAACUAUGCAGUAUCAUCAAGGACUCCGAAGAAAUCUCAAAACUCAUCAAGGAUCUUCAAGAAUAUAUGCCGAAGCAAGAGAACAAUCUUGAAAGAUCGGCGGCACUCGGCGAAGAACUUUCACACUCAUGGACCAACAAACGCAGGCGAAACUCUUUAUACAAAAAUAUGGGCAUGCUCUGCUGCAUACGUCGUCCUAAUUAUUUAUAAAAAACUACAAGAACUGGACUACAUUGGCUGGACUGAUUUCUAUACCAAAUGAAAGCCACUUCAAUACCGUUUAUGUACACUCCCAGCCUCCCCUUCCCCUGCAUCUACAACACAAAGACAUCUCUGUUAGAUUAAGCUGAUUCAUGUUGUUGUCAGUAUCAUCACUUAUACUUAUACGAAUUAAUUUUCAAUCGCAAGUUGAACAAUAAUUUUCACUUAGAUGUUACACGGCCUAGUUUACCAAAAUAAUUUGGAAUGAUCUUUACGAAUUUAAAUUGUGUUCUAGGUUGGAUAAAUAAUGACAGAAAUUCGGUUCAACCACUGUCAAAUGCCAAUUCCCAAAAUUGUCAAGAAUAGCGAAACAUAUAUUUUCAAACGUCUAUAUUUCCGAUAAAUUCUAAUGCGCAAGUCAACUGGACGGAAUAAUGACGCAUGUCUAUUAGUUAUUCUGUACCUGCAAUUGGUAAGACGUCUUGAGGUUUAGUCUAGGUUUUCAGUGAUCAGGUUUGGGGAUUGUUAUGACGAUUGUGGUAAAUAUGACUGAAAACUGAAUUUUCUAUUCGAUAACUAUCCAGCCACGAUUUAAGAAUUAUUUUAGGUUGAGAAUCAUCAUAUCAUAAUCAUCAAAUACUUCAUAUCAAUUGCAUGGACCCUUUCAAAAAUAUUCAUGAAUAAAAUAAGAUCGAUGUUUGUUUAUUCCUUAACUGUCUUCUAGCAUGUUUGAAUAUGUGUAUAUCAUUAUCUGGUGUUUUGCAAUUGUUGUAAGUAUUCUACGUUGAUGAUUAGGUCGAGUAAAGAAUGAUAUAUGUUUUUAUUCGAAAAGAAUUUUAUGAUAUGGCAAUAAUAGAAGGAAAGAAAGUACAUAUAAUGGAAUUUAUCACACCAAAUCAGAGAUAUUUUCGUAUUUAUAGAAUAAUCAAUAACUUCACAUAUUGUCGGGAUAUUAUCAAUGCAAUUAUUAAUACUUAUAGGAGUAAUUCUCUCAUUCUUUCAAAAUAUCGAUCUCGUGAACUAGAAAAAGAGCACAUUUGUUGACAUAAGUAUUGCACUGUUGGUAAGAAUAUUUAUUUUGAGGUAAAAUAAGUAGAUGAUAUUUGGGAAUGAACGAGUUCUUGUAUAGAUUCAGAAUUCAAUAUGAACCCAUUAUGGCAGAAAUUUCACUGAACCAAGAAACUUAGUUCAGCAUAUCAUAGUUUUUUCAAAAGAAAUUUUGAACACUUCAGUAUGGUUGAGUUGAAUAGAGGCUGAAUAUUUUGCCAGAUUAUACUUGCACGUUCGAGAUAUAUUCGAAAAUAUAUGCAGCCACUGGUGAUUAUAGCUUGUGAAAUAUAUAAUUGUAUAAACGGGAUUACAGGAGUACAAAGGAAUAUAUGGAAAAUAAGGUUGAAUGAUGAACAUAAUUCUAUUUUACUAUAUUUUUGAACGAAUGGAAUACAAAGGAUAUGAACAAAUAGGGUGAAACGUUCGUUCCCUAGAAUGUUGAGAACUAGAGAAACUAGAAAAAGCACUUGGAAUCAAUGAAAUGUGUAGAAUCAUUUAGGAAAUUUUCAUUUAACCAUAUCCAUUUCGAUCUUAGAUUUUUAGAUUAGUUCCAGUUGGUAUAUUCAGUAAAAACUAAUUCGAAUUUAUUCCAUCUUGAGAAGUUUGAUAUGUUACUAGUUUCUUAUAAAGACUAAAACAAGGAGAAGUUUUUGGACCAUAAGAUGUUUGCAAUUGGAAAUACUCAGGAAUAAUUGGCAGAAUAAUUAUAAAUGUUUAGAUUUAGAUGGGUACUGUUCACCGGAAACAGUCCAAAUAUUAGCUGUUGGUUGAAUUAUUAACAGUGCUGAGAAGAUUUACAGAGGCCUGGAAGCCAUUGAACAUGAUCAAAAAGUAUCGGGAAAUUGUAAAUGAAACAAAAUUCUGUUAAUAUUCUUUCAAAUUAAUGCUACACCUAUGUCAACGCUUCAUUCAAUGAUCUAAGCACAACUUGAGUCAGGAGAAAAAAAAAGUUCCGAUGGUGCUAAAUUCGGCGUAUAUGGUGCUCCUUCGAGGAUAUGGAAAUGGUGUCUCAUAAAAAUCAAGCCAUUUGGUAGUUUUCUACGCAUAUCUCUCAAAUAUUUCAUAAAAUUUAGAUAAUAUUCCUUAUUGUUCACAAUAAUUCAUUAUUCAAAGACUUGUGUCUGAGAACAGCUACCGAACAAAUAAAAACAUUCUACCGACCCAAAAAAAAUUCAUAUGAAAUUUCUUGGUACCUUUUGAUCGUUCUCUAAAAAAAUUCCACUAUUUUUGAUUCGAUAUGCAUAAAACUGAUAGUGUCUUACCUAUAUGUGCUGAGAAUAUUUUAUACAGAGAGGAAUUCUGUUUUGGCUUCUCCGAUUAUAGGUACCGAUAAAAGAAAUGCCACAUUUAAGCGUUUCUAUAUGAAAUUGAAGCUCUUUCAUAUGAACAAUUCAGAAUACCUCAAAAUUAGGAUAUUCCUCAGAAAACUGGGAUAAUUGUUCCAAGGAAAAUAUUCCAGAUGGAUUUGAUUGUUCUCAUUCAAAAAUGGAAUUUUGAUCAGCAGUUGGAGCAAUUAUUAUACAUAUGCUUGUGAAUUUGCAGACAUCUUUGGUCCUCGACUCUAUUAUCCGUCCCUGAGUAAAAAUAUUUCCAAUCAAAAAUGAUGAUUUUUGCCGAAUUCUUUUAAAAAAGAACUAUUUCAUUAAUUCUGGUGAUAAGGGAACAAAAUGUUUAACAGCUGAAAGCAACCAAAUUAUAUAGUGGAAUUAAUAUAAUGUUCAUAUAUGAAAUUUGCUCAAAACGAUGAACAUUUAUAUAUUUAAUAUAUACAUAUAGAGAGAUAUACUUAUUACACUUAUUACACAGUUAAAGUAAUUACUUAAUGUCAAUAUAUUACCUAUAUGAAAUAUUGAGGAUAAUGAAUGUUGAAUAGCUUAGGAUAUUUGAGAUGAGAAGUUCAACGUGUCUAUUAUAUUUCUAGAAUCAGAGAUCUAUUAAUACUAUAGUGGAUUAUUUUUAGUUUGACGAAGUUCAACUUCGUCUCAAAAAAAUGUAUUGUAUCUGAAUAGAAGGGAGACUUGAUUUCAGAAUGGGAAAUUUUCAAUAAGAACAUGAAGAGGUCAAUGUGAAUCGUAAUUUACAACUCCCAACAUGAAAUGGGGAGAUUGUAAAUUUAAUGGUGUCAUCAUCAACAUUAUAUAAAUGUUUCUUGAGAAUACUAUUUGAUACUCAUAUCCAUUAAACUCCCCAAUCAAUGUGAAAAUCAAUAAAA